UUUCAGAUUGAUCGUGUUCUGUGUUGAAGAUGUUUCCGGAACAGCAGAAAGAGGAAUUUGUAAGUGUCUGGGUUCGAGAUCCUAGGAUUCAGAAGGAGGACUUCUGGCACUCUUAUAUCGACUAUGAGAUAUGUAUUCAUACCAAUAGCAUGUGCUUUACAAUGAAAACAUCCUGUGUGAGAAGAAGGUAUAGAGAAUUUGUGUGGCUGAGGCAGAGACUCCAGAGUAAUGCAUUACUGGUACAACUGCCAGAACUUCCAUCUAAAAACCUAUUUUUCAACAUGAACAAUCGCCAGCAUGUAGAUCAGCGCCGUCAGGGUUUGGAAGAUUUCCUCAGAAAGGUUCUACAGAAUGCACUUCUACUUUCAGAUAGCAGCCUUCACCUCUUCCUGCAAAGUCAUCUGAAUUCAGAAGACAUCGAGGCGUGUGUUUCUGGGCAGACUAAGUACUCUGUAGAAGAAGCAAUUCACAAGUUUGCCUUGAUGAACAGACGUUUCCCUGAAGAAGAAGAAGAAGGAAAAAAAGAAAACGAUAUAGAUUAUGAUUCAGAAAGUUCAUCCUCUGGGUUUGGACAUAGUAGUGAUGACAGCAGUUCGCACGGAUGUAAAAUGAGCACAGCUCCACAGGAAUCCUGAAAAAUAAUUCUAAUGUUACCAUUUUAGGAAUAGCAAAUUGUGUCCAGUCAUAGAGAAUAAAGCUUGCGAAUAAUAUAUUCUUACCUAAAGCUAACUGUCAUAUUAAGUAUUUAAAUUCGUAAAGAUGUUGUGUUGUUUAUUAGUGGUAUUUUUAUGUUGUCUUAUUUUGGCUAAGCUUCUGUGAAAAGCUAAAAGCCUGUGAAUGCAGCACUCUCCUUGAUCAGCGCACGCUAUUGGUAAAAUGAGAUCCUGCCCUCAGAUGAAAUGAUUUAUAUGUUUAAACAAAAUCUAGUUGGCUUUAUUGCAUUUUAAAAGAUAGGUAAAUAGGUAGCAUUUCAAAUCCAGAUGGAGCAUUUCUCCUUGUAUUACUGGGGCAGUGUUAGCAUAAACACAGCAGGUAUGUGUAUGACUUACGGCACAGACCAGAAUGCCUCUUUCAGACAGGCAGCUGGAAUUUUGUGGGUACCUCCUCUGCACUGGAAAAACACUGAGCUUUGGAAUGGUUGAUUGAAAUAUUUUAAGAGUGUUUAACCUUUUCAUUAUUCUGUUUCACACUUAGAUGGAAAAUGUAUCUUACGAAUAGAAACAUGUUAAAACAAUGUCUACAUCUUUAAAAAUAAAAAGCCCAGAAAUAGCUCUAGUCAUUUUGCUUAUAUUUGCAAUAUAUUGAGGGCUUCCCUGGUGGCUUAGCAGUAAAGAAUCUGCAAUAUAUAGAUUCAGAAAUACAUUUUCAUUGUCCAAAAUCAGCUUUAACACAUGGUUUCUGGGAACAAACCAUUUGUUUUCAUUAUCUGUGUGUAAUUAGAAUUAGAGGUUCAUGAUUUAUUUUCUGACUUAAUGUGCAAUUUCUUAUCACUAGAUAACUUUCAGUAUCAGUGACAGUUGCUUGUUACUUUAAGUUAAAAGUAGGAUCUUAUACAAAUUAAUAAAAUUUGCCAGUAAAUAUUCCCAUAAUAUAGAAAAGGAUAUGAACUUGCUAAUUUCAGAAUUAUUCAUUUUUUUAAAAGUCCUUUCUUUUAAGGCAUCUGCCUAAGGAUUGGUAUAAUUUAACAAAAUGUCUUUUUCUAUAGUGGUCAAAGAUAAAAUAUCUUAGAUAAACUACAUUGAACGUCAAAUUUCAGAUGAGGCAGCAUUUUCUUGAGAUAACUUCAUAUUUCUUUCUUGUUGAAUGGUAUGAAAUAUCUCUGAAAUUAACAAGAAGAUAUCUUUAUAUAAGAGGGAUAACUUGUUGCUUUAAUUAAAUGUUACUUCACCCUCAUUUUAACUAGGAGUUUAUUAAAAGUUAAUGUAUUAUUUUAAAAAGUCUGUGAAAUGCUUGUAACUGAGACUCAACAGAAAAAAAUUAAAUUUAGGAUACGAAUGAUUUCCUUAAUUUUGCCAUUUUGUUUUCUGUUUGGUCUAAAAGGUUAUUGAACUUUUUGUAAAUAUUUUUAUUUAAUGUAUCUUGGAUCUUACUACUUUUAUCAUCUACGACUCAUUAUUUUAAUACUGGAGAAAAAAGACUUAUCAAUUUCUUUUUAUCUUGCUGACAUGUGAAGUUUGCCAUUAAGUCACUUCAGUGUGGUCACCAGCUCCUUGGCAACAUGUAUUUGUAUUCAUGUUCUGUUUUACAGUAGUUUUGAAAAGCAUAUAUUGUGCCACCAAUUGUAAUGUAAUUCUUAGAUGAUGAGACUAUAGCUGUCAAAAUUGAUAUUAAGUAAUGUGUAAUACUGUGGUAUGUAAACUUCAUGAGAGCAUCAUUUUCACAUUAAACAUGAAAAAAACAA